GGAGGAGGAGGAGGAAGAUGAUCCUCUUUACUGAGACGGAUCCAAACAGCAACAGGUGGAAGCUGCAGAAGAAACAUGGGCAACACGGACAGUAAACUUCUCUUCAGGAAGGCGGUGAUUCAGCUCACGACGAAAACACAGCCCGUUGAAGCCACAGACGACGCCUUCUGGGAUCAGUUCUGGGCCGACACCUCCACCACCGUGCAGGAUGUCUUCGCUCUGGUGCCGGCGGCCGAGAUCAGAGCCGUCAGAGAGGAGUCUCCGUCAAACCUGGCAACCCUCUGCUAUAAGGCCGUGGAGAGGUUGGUCCAGGGCGCGGACUCGGGCUGCCCCUCGGAGAAGGAGCGCCACAUCGUCCUGAACUGCACCCGCCUGCUCACGCGCAUCCUGCCGUACAUCUUCGAGGACGCCGACUGGAGGGGCUUCUUCUGGUCCACUGUGCCCGGAGCUGGCAGAGCUGGGCGUUUGGACGAUGAUGGCGAAGAUGACGAUGAAGCUCGGCCACUGGCUGAGUCGCUGCUGAUGGCCAUCGCCAACCUUCUCUUCUGCCCAGAUUUCACCGCCCAGAGCCACAAGAAGAGCGCGGACACGGUGGAGGACGUCCGCUCCAUCGACAGCUGUGAGUACAUCUGGGAGGCCGGAGUCGGCUUCGCUCAGUCUCCUCCUCUGAACUACGUCCACGACCUCAACAGGACGGAGCUGCUGAAGCUGCUCCUCACGUGUUUCUCUGAGGCCAUGUACCUUUCUCCGUCCUCUGAAAGUAAAACCCUCAACCCCUGGGUCACGUUUUUCUGCUCCGUGGAAAGCAGACACGCCCUGCCUCUGUUCACCUCGCUGCUCAACGUGGUGUGCGCCUACGACCCCGUGGGUUACGGCAUCCCGUACAACCACCUGCUCUUCUCUGACUACCGGGAGCAGCUGGUGGAACAGGCCGUCCAGAUCCUUACCGUCACCCUGGAGCACGAAGCCGGGUCGGCCACCGGCACCGCCCUGCUGGCCCUGGAUGCCACCGCAGCCCCCACGGCUGAGGAGGAGCAGGAGGUCCGAGGAGUACGAAUGAAUCCACGAGUUCAUAUAAAUGAUUGUUGGUCAAAACAGAUACUGAUUCCGAUUAUUUUUCAGCCUUCGGGACCUGAUAACCUCUUUGUGAACUAUCUGUCCAGGAUCCACAGAGAAGAGGACCUGGGCUUCAUCCUGAAGGGUCUGGCUCGUCUGCUCAGUAAUCCUCUGGUCCAGACCUACCUGCCUCGUUCCGCCAAGAAGAUCCAGUUCCACCAGGAGCUGCUGAUCCUCUUCUGGAAGUUCUGCGACUUCAACAAGAAAUUCCUGUUCUUCGUGCUGAAGAGCAGUGAUGUGUUGGACAUGCUGGUUCCCAUCCUGUUCUACCUGAACGAUGCCAGAGCGGAUCAGUCUCGUGUCGGCCUCAUGCACAUCGGCGUGUUCAUCCUCCUGCUGCUGAGUGGAGAGAGAAACUUUGGUGUUCGCCUGAACAAGCCGUACACGCUUCCUGUUCCCAUGGACAUUCCUGUGUUUUCAGGAAACCACGCCGACCUGGUCAUUGUGGUCUUUCACAAAAUCGUCACCAGUGGUCACCAGCGCCUGCAGCCUCUCUUCGACUGUCUGCUCACCAUCAUAGUGAACAUUUCUCCUUAUCUGAAGAGUCUGUCCAUGGUGGCGGCCAACAAGCUGCUCCACCUCCUGGAGGCCUUCUCCACACCCUGGUUCCUCUUCUCCUCCACCCAGAACCACCACCUGGUCUUCUUCCUGCUGGAGGUCUUCAACAACAUCAUCCAGUAUCAGUUUGAUGGUAACUGUAACCUGGUGUACGCCAUCAUCCGCAAGCGAAACGUCUUCCACCACUUGGCCAACCUGCCGUCAGACGAGGAGUCCAUUCAGAAGGCCCUGCAGAAGAAGAAGAGGUCGUCCAGGGUCUCCAGGGCCAACUCGGUAGUGAGCGAGUCCAUGGAGGGCUCCACACCGGCGGUACCUGCGGAGCCCGGCACGCUCAAAACCAGCCUAGAGGCCACUCCAGGAAUCGAUAAGAUAACGGAGAAGUCUCAUGUGACAGAGAACGGCACCAUGGUCGCUCUCCCACUGUCGGACUCUCCGCAGGCGGCUGCAGAUAACGGUGCGACGGCCGGAGCCAGCGACACAGAGUCCAACUCGGAGAGAGACCACGAGAUCCUCACAGAGUCCGAAUCCACGAGGAGUCGCUUGUCAUCAGAGACCGGCGUCGCUAAUCCAGACUGGGUGUUGUCGUGGAAGGCGAAGCUUCCUCUGCAGACCAUCAUGCGGCUGCUGCAGGUGCUGGUUCCUCAGGUGGAGAAGAUUUGCAUCGACAAGGGUUUGACCGACGAGUCAGAAAUCCUGAAGUUCCUCCAGCACGGGACGCUCGUCGGCCUCCUGCCCAUCCCUCAUCCUAUUCUCAUCAGAAAGUACCAGGCCAACGCCGGCACGGCCAUGUGGUUCCGCACGUACACGUGGGGAGUCAUUUACUUACGCAACUUGGAUCCUCCCAUCUGGUACGACACGGACAUCCGGCUGUUUGAUAUCCAGAGGAUUUAGAGGAGCCGCUGGAGACGUACGUCCGACGCCCUCGCACCUCAGCUCGGAUCGCUGAGCGUCUCACAGCUUUACGGAUGUUUUUAAAGACAACAAGCAGCGACAAUCUUCAUCUUGUGAAAGGAUGAAUCGUAUAAACGAGUCUGAAUCGUAAGCAGAUGCAGAAGAAGUGUAACAUAAGUGAUUUAUUGAGAAUUCAAUUCUUCAUUUUGCCAAAUAGAUAAAUUCUGUGUUCGGAGGUGCAAUGAGAAGUUGUUGCACGAAGAUUUGCGUUUUUGUACAGAACUGUUUUCUGUUUCUAAUCCUCACGUGUGUACGAAUGAGGCUGAAGGACACUGAUGGACUGAAACGUUUCUCUCUGUGCUGAGAGGAAACAAAACAUCGUCCGAGAAGGAAACAGAAAAUGUGUUUUCUCUUACUGAAACAGUAAGAAACCCACUUUGACAGCUGAAUGUGACAUGUUUUAUUCUGUCAGAAUAAAAAAAUACAUGUUUAAUCUCACAGGAAAUGAUUUAAUGAACACGUAUGUUAUAACUCAACAGAUUCUUGAACCUGUCGCCAGAGAUACAAUGUUUGUAAUGUACGUCUGUACAAUUUAACAUUUACUUAACAUUUCAGAGGACGAUAUUGUGCAUUUAUCUAACGGCUGGUUUUACUUUACAGAGAAAAUACUAUAAUAUGGCCAUUUAUCAUAUUUAACUUUUUAAACAUUUAAAAAUAUAUAUAUAUUUGGGCCCAAAGCAGAAAAAAUAAUUAAACAUUUCACAAAAUACUUAAAGUUUUGACAUUUUCAACUUGAACUUUUCUUUGACUCUUGAUGUUUUUUUGACUGUUGAGAUCUGAGAUGCAGGACUUUGUAACGUAGGAUUUGUACUUUGUUGUGUUGGUGCUUUUACUGAAGUAAAACAUCUAAAACAUUC